AUGAAGUUUACUCCAGGUAUUGUUGAUGAAGCACCAGGGUACUAUGUUGAUCAUUUCAAUGGGAAAUAUGACGUUGAUAAAACAGUGAUACUGAGAGAUAUGUCUCUUGAAACUGAUUCAGAGGUCAUGGAACCAAGUCUUAAACAAUUGAGCAAACCUACACAUAUAUUGGAUUUAACAAAUAAUCUAUUAACCGGAUUUCCUACGUUACGAGAGAGAGCUGAUAUACAUACAAUGCUUCUCUCUAGAAAUCAUAUAAACACCAUCAAUGGUAAGCUUUUGCCCAGGAAUUUAGUCAAUCUGGUGUUAGCACACAACUCAAUUGACUCGUUUGAACAACUUAAGGGCUUUAAAAAUUCACCAAGUACAUUAGUGAAUUUGACUCUUCGAGGGAACUCAAUUUGUCAUUUAGAAAAUUAUAGGUUGCAUGUAAUUAAAUAUUUACCACAGUUGCAGAUAUUGGAUUUUUCAAAAGUUAAGGAUGCUGAAAGAAAAGAAUCAGAAAAAUUACAAGCUUAUGAUCAAACAAUCACUCCGUUGGAUGACAACAGUGGUAGCAGGAAAAGAAAAUUAGAGGAUAGUGCAUUGGAUAUUAUGCACAUAGUUGUUGGAAAAAUGUCAGAGGAAACCAAGAAAGAUCUGAAACGUCAAUUAGCAACUGCUACCUCAUUAGAAGAAAUUGAAAGGAUAGAGAAAUUACUGUCAGGUGGUAUAUAA